UAACGAUUUGUAGAAAUGAAAAAAAAUGUAGGUAGAAACAAAAACUACAUAUUGCGGCAUUAUAAAAAUUUAGCACAGACUGACCUCUUUAUUUUAUUUCACGUUAUAAAGUAUAUAGACGGUAAAAGUGCGAAAAAUUUAUGUUUGAAAUUACUUAAAAUGUUUAUAAAUCCACGUAUUCUGUCCACGGCAGCGGCAAUAGCGGUUUCUUGUGUUGUUUCUGCGGCGGCAUAUUAUUACAAACGUCGUAAUACGGAAAUAAACGAAGUCAUGAUAUUUUGUAAAUUGCAAUACAAUGCAUAUAAUUGCUUCGACAAGCUAAUAAGUUUUAUGGAAUCUGCAAAGAAAACCGUCCAUGUAUGUAUGCCUGGCAUCCAUAAUCCUGCAAUCCAAGGAAGAUUGGUCGAGCUCAUAAUGAAGAAGAAUAUUAAGGCUCGCAUAAUAAUAGACCGUUCUGGAUACAAUGAAUCAACAGAAUUCCUAUUGCAAGAGCUCAAAGAAGUAGGAGCAGAAAUAAGGAGCUUAGACAAUGAAGCCAUUAACAAAAUGCAACACAAAUUUUGCCUAGUCGAUGAUGAAGUACUUAUGACAGGAACUCUAAAUUGGGGGAACGAUCGAUCAUCAGACCACUGGAAUUAUGUUUACAUCACUAAUAAAACACAGUUAGUUGAACCAGUAAAAAAAGGCUUCUACCAAAUGUGGAAUGAAUUCUCUAGUGAAAUAACAGCUGCUACAGAUUCUGAAAAGCAGGAUAAUAGUGAUGUAACUGCUAACCUAUUAGAGGAAAACUUUGUUUACAUUGAUGAUUUUGAUACAAACAAGCUCAACCGAACAGCUACUCCCGAAUUAUGUUUAGUGUAAGAUUUAUAUCAUUUAUUAUGUAUUUUCUUAAAUGAAACUGUUACAAAUGUUUUCAAAACAGGACAUGCCCAGUAUUUUAUCAAACAUUAACAAUCAUUUUAUGCCAUAGACUUUAUAUUGUUGUAGUAAUCUAAUUAUGUAAUUGUGUUUUACUAAUAUGAUUUUAGGUGAAGCUGGUAUUUUCAGUGUGUUUUACUCUUGUAAUUGUUUAACUAUUUUUACAGUUAGCUAUUAUUUUCCAUUUCAAGGUUUUUCCAUGAUAUGAAACUGCUUUUUGAAGAAAAGUGUUUCUUCAUCUUAUUUUUUUAUUUCACCAAUUCUAUUUUUCAAUAUUAUUCUGUCUUAUUGUGAACUUGCAAUCUUUAAAAUAACAAAAUAUUACAUGUUACAACCAGCUUAAUGAAAUAUUUAUAAAUUAUUUAUUUUUAGAAAAUAUUAUUUAUGUAUACUGAAAUAAAUUAAUUCAAUAUUCUUUAAUAUUUUUAAUUUUUAAAUUCUAUGCACAAUCAGUAAUAAGUACUUAUUUAUCUAAGCUUACCUGCUAUGAGUACAGUAAUUAAAUAAACUUAUUCUAAUAAUAUCAAAUCAAGAAUACAAAAUAUUAUUCCCUAAUAGCUUUGUAUUUAGCAAUUUCAUUAGGAAAUGUCUUAGAUAGCUCUUGAAGUAGAUGGCUCUUAAAGCGUUUAUAUGAAUCAAUUUUUCCUUUUACUUCUUCAUUCUUAGCAAGAGCUUUAUCAAUACAAUCCUUUGUAUACAGUUGUGGAUUGCGUCCUUGAUCAAUGUAGUCAAAUACUUCAGUUGGUACAUGAAUGUCGUGAACUUGUGACUUCAAUUUAUCCACUUCUUGUAAUCCAGUUACCAAGGACUGUAUUUUUUGAUUUAAUACACUUUGCCCCUGUGGCUGAAAAUCACUUACAAUAAUUCUAAUUUGUCGAACAUUUUCUAUGAACAUCUCUAGCUGUGUCUCAAGAUUCUCUAAUGGUGAAGACAUGAUGACCAUAUAUUUUGCAACUGAAGCAAAGUAUCUACAAUCCGCACUAUAAUUUUAAAUAAAAUGGCUAUGAUUAAAUUGGAAAAAUUAAGAAGUUAUGAAUUUAGUAACAUACUUCUUUCUUUGAUUUAUGUGCAGCAAGCACCACAGAUGUGGAUGUGGACGA